AUGGCUGAUGCUAUCGAGUCAAAGGCGCCUGUCGACUGGACACGACGGAGGAAAUGGUGUCGACAAUUGGUACAGGCCGUCAGCCAAAUGCAUUCCCAAGGAUUUGUGGUAGGAUAUCUAGGCAAGAUGGCUGACUGUGGUGUGGGCAUCGACAGCAACGACAAUGCCGUGCUAUAUGGCCGUUUCUCAACGACUAUCAACUACAUUCCGACCAAAUGGGAUCAUCCGCCUGAAUGCAAGCAUUCGAUUUCGGCUUCGAGGCCCAUGAUGGCCACGCCUGAGACAGACCUGUAUCAACUGGGCUUCCUGCUUUGGCGCAUCGCUACCAACAACAACAUUGUCACUCAGACCGACAUAUGCAAGAUGUUUGGCUGCACGACGGACUUCGACACCACCUCCGAUGACCCAGCCAACUGUCUCGAACCUCAUUCCACCUCCGCAAUGCUUCCGUGGGUCGACGAGCAACAUACCCAAUAUCUCCAAAUCGUCAUUGAUGAGUGUCGACGACAGUCACCCGCAGAUCGAUCACCGGCGUGUGAACUACUGAAAAGAUUCUCCGCAGUGGAAGAAGACUUACCUCUGGACCGCCAAAGAUCAGACAAGCAGACUACAACACUAACAACUGCAACAACAGCAACAGUGAACCCUGCCCCCCAAGGACAGGAUUUUCACGACCCGAGGAAUGUUUACUCGACUGGGGCGAGAUCAUCUAUUGCAACCGAUGCAAUGAUAUAG